GGAGAGGAGGAGAGCGAUGAACAGAGACAGAGGCAGAGAAGGAGAGAGAGAGAGCGAGUACAGAGGGAUAUAUUGACUCAAAGCUGGUCUGCAUGCUCCACAGUGUGUGAGAAACAGAGGACGUGAGUGCAGGCAAGAUGGAGCGCUGGCACAGAUGAAGACUGUCCCUGGUGUUGCUGCACUGUAACUUAGUAUGGCCAGGAGGAUGGGAUGUGCUCUUGGAAAUGCAAGUUUUCAACUGAGUCCCGUUUCACCGUCCACAUGAGUGUCUCCAAGCCCCCACCGCCUCCCUCCACCUCCCACCUGGCCAUCCCCCCUUCCUCCUCCUCCUCCUCCACCCCUUCCUCAUCCGCCUCCUCCCCCUCGGCGACGCCCCACUCCACCGGUCCGCCCCCACCCUCACCGGUCAAGAUCUCUAUGCAGGAGCACUUUGCCAUUAACGUGUGCCCAGGGCCCAUCCUCCCCAUCCCACAGAUCUCAGACUUCUUCCCACGUUUCCACGACUACCCCUGCACGCCGCCACCUCCCAGGGAGAAGAAGAUCCUGAAAGAGGAGACUUUCAACGGGGAGACGGGCGGAGGAUACAAGGAUGGGGAGAGGAGAGGGGAAAAUGACGGAGACAGGGAGGAGGUCGUCGACUCUGAUGAUGAUGACACCUACCUGGGAACGCUGGAGUUCAGCCUGCUCUUUGAUCAAGAGAACAACUGUCUUCAUUGUACUAUUCACAAGGCAAAGGGACUGAAAGCCAUGGACUCCAAUGGACUGGCCGAUCCAUACGUCAAGCUUCAUCUCCUCCCCGGGGCUAGCAAGGCAAACAAGCUACGCACAAAAACCCUCAAGAAUACGCUGAACCCAGUGUGGAAUGAGACGCUCGUGUAUCACGGCAUCACAGCAGCCGACAUGACCACCAAAACCCUCAGGCUGUGUGUGUGCGACAUGGACAGACUCGGACGAAAUGAAUUCAUCGGGGAGGUGAGAGUGGCUCUGAAAAAACUGAAAGAGGGCGAGAACAAACGCUACAAUAUGGGCCUGGAGAGAAUUGCACAGAAUAAAGAAACCAACAAUCAAACCGUGGAACAGGGAGCAGUCGUAGCAGAGGAGGAGCGUGGUCGCAUCCUGGUGUCACUGUGCUAUAACACAGAGAAGGGCUGCCUGCUGGUUGGGAUCAUACGCUGCGCCCAUCUGGCUGCCAUGGACUCCAACGGCUACUCUGACCCCUUCGUCAAAAUCAUUUUACAGCCAGAUAUGGGGAAAAAGUCCAAGUACAAGACUACAGUGAAGAAAAAGACGCUCAAUCCAGAAUUCAAUGAGGAGUUUUCAUAUGAAGUAUCCUUGGACCAGCUGGCGAAGAAAACCCUGGAGAUCUCUGUGUGGGACUACGACUUGGGGAUGAGCAACGACUUCAUAGGUGGGGUGGAGCUGGGCAUCAAUGCGAACGGACAGAGACUCAGACACUGGUUCGAGUGUCUCAAAAACAAAGGGAAGAAAGUCGAGUACUGGCAUACGCUCACACAGCAAGGAGCCCCAAGCAGUGACAAAGCGGACUAGAACGCAAAAGACACUCAUGCACACACACACACACACACACACACACACACACACACACACACACACACACACACACACACACACACACACACACACGCACACACACAUACACACACAUUUGUCUCACCAAACACAGUCCAAGCAAAGCAGUAAUAUGAACAAAGGAGAAAACAUGCAAUAAGGAUAAUGUUGAAAAUGAAAUCUGUCAUAUGAUGCCAAUAAGCACAGCACAAAGUAUUAGUAUAUGAUAUUCAUACUAAUAUUAGUGAUGGUAAUAAGGUGUAAUCUGAAUACAUUUUUUCAAGGUGAACCAAAUUGUGAUGAUGUCCUCAUUAAAGUGUCGACGUAAACAGAACAAUACUCACAAAAUUGUGCUAUAGACCUUACUGUAUCGUGGAAGUUGCUCAUGUUCAUUCAAAUUAACACAGAUUUGAGAGUAAUGUACUCAAAAUUCAUUCAGUGAAAGUGCCCAACAGUAUGUACAACCCUUGUGACUCAUAAUGUGGUACAUAGUUACAGGAGUGGAGAUGCUCCAAAAGGGUCAUUCUGUCCUGAGAAGACUCGACUGUAGUGGCUGUCGAUCUGAUGCAAAACAACACACCGUAUUAUAAAGCACAAAAUGAUCCAUUUGUUGGAUUCGUACCUUUACCUUUUCAGUGUUCUUGUUCUCGCGUCUUCUCAUUGUCUCUCGGUGACAGUGGUAUUCUAUCCACCUUCAUGUCGGACAGUGGUGUGUCAACAUAUGUGUGUGUGUGUGUGUGUGUGUGUGUGUGUGCAUGAGGGCUAUGAGCAUAUAUGAGUGCCUACAUUUUUUGGUCUGUGCAGUGCGUGUUUGUCUGUAUUCACGUCUCGCCCCAUUCAAAAUGUCUCCAUCUGACUUCCGAGGCACAGAGGUUGAAGAAUAACAAAGGACAGGAAAGGUGCAUACAAGAGAGAAAUCCUCUGCUGCUGCCACAGGUCUCAGUGGUGUGAAUGUUCCUGGCUGGAGGACGCUGACAAACUGUCAGUCAUGUGUGCCGGGCCUUUGCCAUCUCUCCCUCUCAUUGCCAGACAGUCAUAGAGCUACUUUAAGAAAGGAAUAGAUCUGGAUACAUACACUCUCGUUGCUCUUUCUGACUUUCCUCAUGAAAGGCUGAAGCUGUGUCCGCAGCGCAGCGGUCACUGCAUUUGGAUGUGCUGCUUGUAACUUCGGUUUGUUGCAGCAGAUUUCAACUUGAUUCAGGAGAGUUUACCUCAAUGACUCCAAUUCUGCUCCAACAGAGACACAGAUGAUGCAACAUUUUCUUUCUGCAGGGCAACGUCACGCAUCUUUAUUUAAAAAUACAGGAAUUAGAUUGGUCUGGCUAUCUGAUUUAUGGGAAUGGAGCUGCCCAGGUCUUUAAACUCCCCUAACCUGCCAUUACACAUCCUAAGACACUCUUGCUUGUGAGCUUCUAAGGGAAAAGUUAUAAGAAAUAUGACUGAAAAUUAUAUUAACCAUCAGAGAGAGACAUUGUGAUCUGUGUUCUAUUCAUCCUAUUAACUCUGGGUUAUUAAAUGUCAAGUGAGGUGGCAUAUAUUUUCAUCCUCUGGACAAGAGACAGACUGCUCAUGUCAAACACAGGAUUUUGUGCUGAUACAAACUGUGCAGUCAGGGUAGACAUUGAGAAUAAAACCCCUCCUUAAAAGUAAAAAGGGAUUAUACCCUGCUUUGACACUCCUAUGGCAGAAAAGAGCAGUGGAUAUGCACAGAUUAAGAUCCAAGAUACUAAAAACUACUCUAGAUUGCACACUGCAUGUAUUUAAUGUGUCUAUAUGCACAUUUCUGCAUGAUGAUGGUGCAUAAAACUUGUCUGAAUGCCCGCCAGCAUAUCAAAUGUCGCCCCCUGGUUCAUCUGUCACAACAGCUCUGGCCAACACGCUUGUUCACAAAAACACACCCACAGUCGGUCAGUGGCCUCCGGGAGUUUUCUAACUGUUGAAUCGAUCCGGCUGCUCAUAUUCUUGGUGUCCUUCAACAACCUUGUGAAUGUCUGAUUGUUGACUGCAAAAAAAAAAAAAAAAAGUAAGAAAAAAAAUGGAUCCUUCAGUGGUGGAUUAGGCUCAGAAUAUAAAAGGGCUGAGACAUUAUGAAAGCUUGGAGCUAAACUAUGUGUAAGCUUAAACACAUUUUCAGUUAGAUUUGAAAUGAAUUCAACAUGAGGGUUGGGAAAGGACGAUGUGUUUAUUCUGUACUUUCUCUAUGCACAUUAAAACUCCCAGCACGUCAGCAGAGAGAUAAUCAAAACCAAAACAGCAUUAUUAUGUUAUCCAAGCAUUAAGGAUACAUUUCUGGGAAAACUCAGUGCUCUGUUUGUGGCUCGGUUGGGUGGCAGUGAUCAAAAAGAGUUGGUGUUUCUGGCUGAAUGGCUCUUUAUUCUUGUGUCUGGAUCUGUUGGUUUUGUUUACAGUCGCAGAAUUUUUUCUGACUCUUGUCUAUUGACCCCGCUUUGCUUAUGUAAUCAUUUUAUCUGCAAUACAGCUGCAUGUUUAGCAAUUACCAUCAGCUUGUAUAAUGGAUUGCAACCUUAGCUGAUCAUUCUGAAUGCUGAUGUGUUUACAGUCCAGGCCAUCCGUUUCAGUCUCUUACCAUCAGUGUGUAUUUGUUUGUUUGUUUGUGAUUACGAUGAUUCAGGGUACUUUUCGCUCAGUUGCUCUGCUUUACCAAGCAAGCCGUUGCUUUAAAUAAAAAAUAAAUUUAAAAAAAACACAAAAAAAACCUUUACUGUCACAGACUUUGACACUUGUCUUCCUUAAAUUGAUCAGUGGUAAUGAAGCAGGAGGGCUGAAUGGGAACGAGAUGGGAAUUCACUGUUGCAGUCCCUGUGUAUUCACUGUCAAUGUCAAUCACACAGUAUGGCUGCCAUCCUGUGGUGGAUUUGUGUAACUACUUCGCAAAAUAAAUCUGAAGCUGUUUCA